GAUAUUUUAAUUUAACAUAUUUAUUAUCUCAAAUUAUUACUAAAUUAAUUAAAGCCAAAUAGGGAUUAGAUAUAUUCAAUGCAAAACAGUUGCUAAGGAGAAUAGAGCUUGCUGGGCAAUGCUCUUGAAUUUUAUAUUGAGCAAAAUGAAGCUGAGGAUUUCUAAAAUUUUUAUGUCAAUAUUUUGUUCAAUAACCCACCGUAGAAUUUUAAUCAAGUUUAAAUUUAAGAACUUUAUGAAUAGUAGAAUCAAAAUACCUAACGCGUUUCAUCUGUGGCUUAAAGUGAUUAUUAAAAGUGCGAGAAAGAAAGUGAAAAAGAAGAGUAAAGUUUAAACUAGUCGAGCUUGCUCUUUUCCUAUAAUAUAAAAAUAAAUUAAACUAUUUAAAAUGCCUCUCCUGAGAGAAAAAGUCACUUUUCAAUCAACUCAAUUAAGUCAUAUAACUCAGCAAGAUGUUCUGUCAAGUCAAGAAAAAAUAGUCUCAACCUGAUCCUGAAAAGUUAAAGAGAGUAAUCAAGUCAAAGCAAUAGGUAACUAAAUUACUCUAAUUUAAGAUAAAAAAAGCAAGGAAACAUUAAAAUUUCAGAUAUAUUUCAAAAUGAUAAAAACUCUUAGGAAAUAUCUCCUACAAGACUAAUUAGAGAAAAAAUAAAAUUCUAAUCCCCAUACAAUACAAUGUGGAUAGAAAAAACAUUAGAAAAGUCAUUUAAUAUAAAGUUAUAGUUUGAAAAAGACCCAGAUUUUGCAUAUAAUGGAGUAAAACCGAGGUGCAAAGCCUUCAAAAUAUCUAAAAAGGGCUAUGGAAUUAGUCCAUCUAAAGAAAGUAACCAAAAGCUAAGCAACCAAAAUUAAGAAACUAAGGAGGAUGUUUUAAUCAAAGAAAAUAUAUUAAAUAACUAAGAUUUAUAUAAUUUUUAUUAAAAUCAAAAGUAAAUUAAAAAUGUUUUAAUAAAUAAUUUAUUUUGA